AUGAGUCCGUUUAUCACCGUCGCACUACAGAAGGGUGUCUCGGCUUAUGUUGGCGAGGGCGGUGGUCGCUGGUGCGGCGACCACCGCGACGACGCUGCUAAACUGUACCAGCUAGCUGUGGAGAAGGCUAAGCCCGGUUCCAUCUUUCAUGCCGUGGCCGAAGAGGGUGUGUCAGUGAAGGAAAUCGUGACUAAGGUUGGGAACCAGCUUAAUAUUCCUGUUGUCAGCAUCCAACCGGAACACGCCCAAGAUCAUUUCGGCGGGCUUUAUUUCAGCGCACGGCUGACAAUGCAGCCUCAAGCAUCAAGACGAGGGAGCGGUUGGGGUGGACUCCUAUGGCCCCGAGAUUGA